UUAAACCAAGAAGUACAGGUUGACAUAACUUGAGCUUUAAUAAAUACUAGAAAAUGAAACCGUUGUGCUUUUCGUUGGUUCUCGCUGUAAUUUUCGUCUUGGCGAUCGUACACGCGGAAGCGAAGCCGUUGGCCGAUGCCGGUGACAAUGCCGAUGACGGUGACACUGUCCCUGAAACCGAUAUCGGCACAGGACUUAAGUCUGUUUUAAAGUUGAUUAUAAGAGCCGCCAAAAAGAUGUUUAAGAAGCUAGCUCCAACUAUCGGAGAGGAGGCUGCAGCAAAACUAGUGAUAGGUCAAGUAACAGGCACAAAAAAGUAGCAUAAGAAUGAAAUAUGUAUCUUUCAGAAAUGCUGUGAGAUAUGUUGUAUGAUAUUUAUAACAAUUCUCUAUUGAGCAUGAUAAAUAAUAAAUAAUCAUUUUGCAACAA